AACGACACCUUCUUGCCUUUGAUCCACAACGACAUUCAGCCAAGUUUUCUUGCCGACAGCUCAUCCAAAAUCAUCGGUUUGCCCAGGAUGAGGCAAGUGCGGGCUAAAGGUACUGAGAAAACGUGUUUCUACCUUCACAGCUUUGUAAAUAAAUUUGUGAUCAGUAAAAGCCACUGCCUUUGCAAAUACGGCAGGGACAUCGAAGAGAAAGGUGACUAUGCUGGCACAUGGACAGAAGUUGCCAACCGUUCUUUUUCCAAGGAUACCAGCAGUUACCAUGGGUUUACUUACCAACCAAACAGGACUCCCUGGACUUACUUCUCAUACGGAGAUUUGCACACGUAUGGACCAGGAGGAUACACGUUUUACUUUUUCCCUGAAGAAGGAAGACAUAAUUCAACAACUAGGCUGGCUUUGCUACAAGAGAGCAACUGGCUUGAUGAAAAGACCUUGGCCGUGAUCAUCGAGCUGACUAUGUUCAACUCUGAUGCAAAUCUCUUUUGCAGCAUCUCAGUCGUAUUUGAACUGUCUUACUUUGGGAUCAUAAGACCAACUUUGUCAGUGCACUCUUUUUCUGUCCCCAUUUUCCAUCAGCAAACAAAAGGUCAACAGUUGUUUUUCCUAGCUGCUGUUGCCUUUCUGCUCGUGUACAUUGCAGACGGCCUCUACAGUGUGGUCCAGGGAAAAAAAUACACUAAAAAUAUUUCCAGGACAAUCAGCUUCAUCUUAAAAUUGGCAUUCUUCCUGCUUGUUCCCUUCCAAGUU